AUGAAGUCAUCCUCUGAGAAGAAGGCGUGUUUCGAUGACCUCCCACCGGAGGUCAAGCUUAUGAUAUGGGGCGAGCUCGACAAGACCUACGACAAACACGCGCUGGCCCUAACCAGCAAGAGCCACAGCCAGCUCUUUGAACAACCUUUCUACCGGUGGGCGGUAAAAAGCCUCUCAGCUUCCCGUUUAUUGGAUAGCACACCACUCCUCGCCUCCAUCGCCGCGGGCGGCAGUGUCAGUGCUAUGAAAAAGCUCGUCGCGGCCGGGGCAGACCUCUCUCACCGAGGAGGAUCACUACUCUGCACCGCCUCUCGAAAAGGACGGGUAGCGAUGGUGCGCCUGCUACUGGAGGAAUAUCAUGUUGAUCCGAAUACACACGGCACCGAUGUACUCGGACUUGCAAACACGCCGCUGUCCGCCGCCGCGAGCCAGGAUGACUGCGGCAUUGUGACCUUGCUGCUUGCAGCUGGAGCGGACCCGAAUCUACAGCCAUAUUGGCUUGAUGACUUUACUGUGUUGAUCGAUACGAUUCUCGAUGAGAACUUCCGUGUCGCGGCCCUGCUGAUCGACGCCGGCGCAUCUGUUACAGCCGAAACUGAUGACGGAUGGCCCCCGCUCUUGUGGGCGCUUGAGCAACGCAAUGUUGGGUUUGUCCGGAAGGUUCUUGCUGCUAUACGAGAGACCCCCGGGGCCGAUAUCAAUGUCGGGGCGCCGCUCGUGCUGACUUGUAGGUUGGACGAUGUUGAACUUCUUCGAGUCCUUCUUGACCAUGGUGCCGAUAUAGAGAUGCGUGAGAGGGAACCGGAGCGCUACAACGUCCUGGAAUUUGCUAUUGCGCGUGGUCGUGUGGACGUUGUGAAAGUCCUGUUUGAAUAUGGGGUAUCAAACGCUACCAUUGGCACCGCGGUGGAUAAUGGAGCCGUCGUCGCCGCUAUCGGUGCUGGCCACACGAAGAUGGUUCAGCUCCUGGCCACCAAGGGAGUACCAGUGAACAACACCCCCCAGACGUAUGUAGCCGUCCCGGUGGGUCUACGUGGGAUGUCACCGCUGGAAUGCGCCGUCGCCCGCUGGAACAAGGAAAUGGUCAAGAUUCUCGUGCAGGCGGGUGCAGUUGCCAGACUGACACCACGCGAGAGGUCCAACCUUCUCUGGAGGGCCUUCCUACGCGACGGUGAAGGCAUGCUGCUGCUGCUUAUCGGGAUGGGGGUGUGUGAGCAUACACCAGACGAGCCGUCCUGGUCUGUCAAGCCGCCUCUCCACCACGCCGUUUCGAUGGGCAUGGUCAACCUCGUUUCCCUGAUGGUUGAGAAGGGCGCUGACCCGAAGCUCCGCGACGCGACAGGGGACACUGCCUUGACUGCUGCUGUUAAGGGUAGAAAUCAUAGAAUGGUACUCGCCUUGCUGGGCGACGGUACCAACCCUGAGACGUGGACGCGGCCCAGCGAAGUGCUUGCUGGGGAAAGCUCCAAGAGACACAUGCAUUGCAUUGACGAGACGGACAACUCCGGCCAAACGCCCCUCUACCUGGCGACUUCUUGCGGAAUGGAAGACAUUGUUCGCAUCCUGCUCGCCCGGGGCAGUCGAGCCAUCCACACUGCAGGCCGCGUAGGAAUGACACCCAUUGAAUUCGCGACUCGCUAUAAAGACUCUCCAGUCAGCACUUGGUAUAAGGGGCAGUUGACGAAUAUCUGGAGCCUUUUGAAUAACCCGGCCAGUGCGAGGAUUGAUAGAGAGUUGGUGGCCUCUUGGUGA